AAGAAUCUGUUAUAUGGCCAUAUAUGUAAAUGUUAUUUCGGUGGAAGACCGGAGCCCGUCUUUGAGUGUCAGGAAGACUGUGAGAAGUGGUUGAAAGCUGCAGUUAAAACUAGCUUCACUGAUAUACACUGUGAGGAAACAACACAAAACAAGGAUCCAGGAUCAGUCUGCAGCGUCGGUGCCAGAGCUUUGAUCGGCCUCCCUCUCGUCCAAUCUGUAAGUGUCGUCAGGUGGUUGCAGGUGAACGAGGCACGGCUGGAGAGCAAUCAAGUCAUUCAAACUUCAGCUCUACAAAAGCCACCUGCUGCACAGGUGAGAUAUUCAAACAGAGCCGUGCAGAACAAAAGCUUCAGCAUGAUGUUGUUCGGUGGAAUCGUUCUCGCGUUGGUCUGUGGAGUUUCAUCGGCGGUUCCAGACAUGAACUGGAACCUCCGGCCUGCAGCCGGCAGGUUUACAGGGCUGAGACCAACCCGGCCUAAAGUCCAGAAAACAGCAGCUGGCCGCCAGGAGAAGCAGUCUGUCCAUGAGCCGAUAUCUUGGAGGUUCCCGGAGCCGGCUGAGGAGGAGCAUCAUUUCGCACAAAACUUUGAGCUGAGGGAGCCACAGGCGGCCGACAGCGUCAGCGCCGUCUGUGGGGAGCACUCUGUCUGGGUGGAGGCCAAGAAAGACCUGCUGGGCAUCGGUAAACUUGUCCUGGCUGAAGAUGUCACGCUGGGCGACUGUCCUUCCACUGGGGAAGAUCCCGACGAUCAGGUCCUCUUCUUCCAGUCGGAGCUGCACGGCUGUGGCAGCCAGCUGCAGAUGUCGGAGGACUCGUUCAUCUACACCUUCAUGCUGCACUAUACUCCCAGUCCACUGGGGGACAGUCCAAUCAUCCGAACCAAAGAAGUGACAGUCAGCAUCCAGUGUCACUACCAGAGGAAGCAUGAUGUGAGCAGCGGGCUGUUGCGGCCGACCUGGAGUCCGUUCAGUGUCACCGAAGCUUCAGACGAAAAUCUAUUUUUCUCCUUCAGACUCAUGACUGAUGAUUGGCAGCUGUCUCGUCCGUCCGCUCACUACCUGCUGGGAGACGUGAUUAAGUUUGAAGUUUCAGUCAAACAGUUUCAUCACGUCCCUCUCAGAGUGACUGUGGACAGCUGCGUGGCCACCGUGGUCCCGAACGUAGACACCGUCCCUCGAUACGCCUUCCUGGGGAACAACGGGUGCCUGUUCGACAGUCAGCUGACCGGCUCCAACUCUAAGUUCCUGCCUCGGUCUCAUGAGGACAGACUGCAGUUUGAGGUGGAGGCGUUCAGGUUCCAGCAGGACCACAGCGGUGUGCUCUACAUCACCUGCACUGUGAGAGCCACAGCAGCUGUUGCAGCUGUUGACGCCACCAACAAGUCCUGUUCGUUCGCCAACGGGUGGAGGGAGGCCAGUGGCAGCCAUAAAGCGUGUAGCUGCUGUGACGCAGACUGUGGGACAGGAAGUCAUCUUACUGGAUCAGGUGACCAUUGGGAACAGGAAACGGCUGUUGGACCAAUCAUGGUGAAGGAGAGACCUCUACAUUGAAAAAAACUAAUAUAAAACAUAUGAGAUUAAAUAUCUUUAUAUACUAA